CCUUUCGAACGAUAAUCCCAUCUCCAUUCGUGUGACUUGAUUGUGGAUUCAAGUGAUUGCACUUUGUUUCAGCGCAGACCUUUCGAAUUUCCCGUUUCACGUUUCGGACUUAGGCGCUGCGCGCUCAACGUCCCAUCAGCACCACUGCCCUCCUCAAAGCUAGAAGCUAGGGCCACCGCUCGCUUUGGCACACAGCCACGAAGGAUCUUUCCGCCGUCUUCAUCCCCACCAUGACCUCUGCCUUAUCCUCGGUCUUUCAGAAGAAGCUCGUUCGAGAGAUCCUCAGCUUGCAAAGACCCAGCCAAAGCGCUGAUCAAGGCAUCAAAGCUGCGCAUUCCAGCAAGCAAGGGCGGGUGAGAUUGGACGAUGAGACGCAGGACGAUUACAGGAUCGAGGUUAGAGAAGAGGAUGUGUUGGACGUGAGGGUAUGGCUUAUGGGUCCAGUCGGCACCCCUUUUGAAGGGGGAUUCUUUCAGAUGUCCAUCGAUUUCAGAAAUGGCGCUUACCCGGAGCAAGCUCCGACUUGCAAGCUCCUCACCAAGAUUUUCCAUCCGAAUGUUUCGACUCGCGGGGAUAUAUGCGUCAACACUUUCAAUGCCGGGUGGUCAGAUCAGAAGGGCAGCGCUUCCACCUUCAAAGGUGUAGAUUUUUGCGCUAGGACAGUGCUGGGUCUACUUGUCAAUCCCAAUCCUGAUAGCGUCUUGGAUCAGCCAGAAGCGGGCCGACUGAUGCACGACAGCUACGAAGAAUUCAUGCGCAUGGCGAAGGUUUGGACAUCGGCUUAUGCGCUCACCCGACCGGCUUGUUGGGGCCCUGCGCCAUGCACCGAAGCUGCCCAGACUCGCAUGGAGCAAGGAAUGCGGAACGACCAGAUUGGCACGCAGCCUGGAUUUGGCAGUCCCUCCGCCCACUCUUUUGUCGGUCAGCGUGGAGUGCCGGACAGGUCUUCCACAGCAACGCGGCAAGCGCAAGUGGAGCACGUUGCCCCUGAGAGACAAUCGCAAAAUCUUGGCGAUUCUGCGUUGUUCCUAGCAGCUGGUAUUUUAGGCCGGUCUGACAUUCACGAUGCUCCGAGCGGCCUACUGCAGAGACAGGCGCUGCCAGGAUCCUCUCGAACGCACGCUCCCAAGCGUGGUCUGCUGAGACUCUGAAAAGAUCAUACCCAUUCGAUGGUUUUUGCGAGAAAGGCUGCUGCCGUAGCCUGCUCGGCUUCGUCUGGCGCCGAUUUCAUGCGCCUUGAGUCUGAAUUCCCGCAAAAGGGUCAGCAUCUUAGAUGAUGUCUUUGUGCCUCCCUUCGAUGUGCCUUUGAUCGUGGGACUGCUUGGCUAGUGCGGCAGAACUACCACUUAGCCUUUCGAAA